UUACGCGAGUGAACUGUGUGAUGUUCGGCGAGUAGUGUAAAUGAAAACUGAAGACACGAUGGCUACUGCAGCUGUGGCCGCGGCGGAGCCCGCGCCGGCGCCUGAGCCGGCCCCGGCCCCAGAGCCUGAACAUCCCGCAUCAGACGAGGAGCGAGAGCCCGGAGACUGGCGUCCCUCGCGCCCCGCCUCCCCGCCGCAGCGCCCCGACGACGCCUCCGAAGGCUCCGAACCCACCACCAGACCCAGCAGAGCAGAACCGGCGAGCCGAUACGCCAAUCUUAAUUUCUGGAAGGCUCGCCGCGUCACCUUCUACCGCAAUGGCGAUCCUUUCCAUCCCGGCGUGGAGUUCCGCUUCAAGCCGGGCAGAGACCUCGUGUCUCUGGAUGCUCUACUGGACAGACUCUCCGAGCGGCUGGAGCUGCCGAGAGGUGCCAGGUUUAUCUUCGGCAUGGACGGCGACAGAAAGUACAGGCUGGAGGAGCUCGAAGACGGAGCCUCCUACGUGGUGUCUUCCUACAAGACUUUCAAGGCCGCAAGCUACGGCAAGAAGAACGGUAUGUGGUACGGGGGCACGUCUACGGGCGCCCCGGGGGGGUGGUCUCGGGCGGGGACCCGCAAGCAGUCGGUGGCGGAGUCCGACGCCCCGCCCCCGGGAGGUGGCAAGCCCGCCAGCGGCCGCGUCAUCCGGAUCAUCAACAACAUGGACCAUUCUAUCCAGUGUCGUGUUCUGCUAAACUUACGAACUACACAACCUUUUGAAGAAGUACUCGAAGAUUUGGGGCAAGUUUUGAAAAUGAGCGGUGCUAAAAGGAUGUACACUAUCACCGGUCAGGAGGUAAGAAGCUUUUCACAACUGCGAAAUGAGUUCGCGGACGUAGAAACCUUCUAUCUGGGCUCAGCUAUGGUUGCUGCAGCAUUAAGCCCCGGUGUCAGCGCUCCACUGCCUAUCGAAUCGCCUGUUAGAAGGUCUAGAUCAAGAGCGAAUGUGGCUGCGACGCCCAUUGCUGACGACACACGUGGACGCCGAGCACGAAGCAAAAGCCGACCAAGAGUGCUCUAUGCGCCUGAAGGCGAAAUUAUUCGCAAUUCAGACUACACUCUUCUAGAAGUGCUGAAGGAAGAGCCGAUCCGGGUGACCAUUCGUGGACUGAGGCGCACCUUCUACCCGCCCAUCCAUCAUGCUCCCAUUGAUAACACUCCACCUGAUAAAAAGUUGCAACUUGACUGGGUCUACGGAUACCGCGGAUCUGACUCUCGCCGAAACCUAUGGGUACUACCUACUGGAGAACUUUUGUAUUACGUGGCAGCUGUGGCGAUUAUGUACGAUCGAGACGAGGAAUCUCAGAGGCACUACAUCGGACAUACUGAAGAUAUUCAAUGCAUGGAACUCCACCCGUCGCGCGAGUUGGUGGCUAGUGGCCAACGCGCCGGCCGCGGGCGUCGAGCGCAGGCUCAUGUUCGCAUCUGGAGUACCGAUACACUCCAGACCCUUCACGUCUUUGGAAUGGCAGAGUUUGAAGCUGGAGUAUCUGCAGUUGCUUUCUCUCAGCUGAACGGUGGAAGCUACGUACUAGCAGUGGACGCAGGACGAGAAAGUAUCCUAUCAGUGUGGCAGUGGCAAUGGGGACAUCUACUCGGCAAAGUGGCCACGCUGCAGGAAGAACUAACCGGGGCAGCAUUCCAUCCCUUGGAUGAUAACUUACUUAUCACACACGGCAAAGGACACUUGGCAUUUUGGAACCGCAGGAAAGACGGAUUUUUCGAACGUACCGACAUUAUUAAACCGCCUUCUCGCACACAUGUUACCGCAUUGCAGUUUGAGCAAGACGGUGAUGUUGUGACUGCUGAUAGUGAUGGAUUUAUAACAAUUUAUAGUGUCGAUAGCGAUGGCGCGUAUUUUGUGAGAAUGGAAUUCGAGGCGCAUAUUAAAGGCAUAAGCUCGUUGGUGAUGCUUUCUGAAGGCACUUUGAUAUCGGGCGGCGAAAAGGAUAGAAAAAUAGCAGCUUGGGAUUCUCUGCAAAAUUACAAGAGAAUCACUGAGACCAAGUUACCUGAGUCCGCUGGUGGAGUACGCAGUAUUUAUCCUCAAAGGCCAGGUCGAAAUGAUGGAAACUUGUACGUCGGGACCACACGAAAUAACAUAAUGGAAGGAUCUCUUCAGAGACGAUUUAAUCAGAUACUAUUUGGCCAUCAUAAGCAAUUGAUGGGUUUAGCGGUUCAUCCAGACGACGAAAUGUUUGCCACAGCUGGGCAUGAUAAGAAUAUUGCCUUAUGGAAGGGACACAAACUCAUAUUCGCUACUCAGGUGGGAUACGAGUGUGUAUCUCUGGCGUGGCAUUCUGGUGGUGGCGCUCUCGCAGCUGGCAGCACAGAAGGUCACUUGGUAGUCCUCAAUGCAGAAGCUGGAGCUCACGUUGCUACUCUUCGAGUUUGCGGCUCUCCACUCAAUUGUUUGGCAUAUAAUUCCGCUGGAGACACUCUCGCCAUAGGAUCUCAAAAUGGUAGCAUUUAUCUAUUCCGAGUUUCGCGUGAUGGAUUUUCUUACAAGAAAUCGAAUAAAAUUCGUGGUGCACAACCACUUAUGCAACUCGACUGGAGUCUGGAUGGAAGCUACUUGCAGACUGUCACUGCCGACUACGAUUUAGCAUUCUGGGAUAUCAAGGCUUUGUCUCCUGAAAAGAGUCCAAUAGCCAUGAAGGAUGUAAAAUGGUCAACUUAUAACUCAACUGUAGGAUUCCUUGUGUCGGGUAUGUGGAAUAACCGCUUCUAUCCAAUGACAACCCUGAUAUCAACAUCAAGUCGCGCAGCUGCGCAUGAUCUUUUGAUAAGUGGCGAUACUGACGGUUACCUGCGCUUGUUCAGAUACCCUUGUGCCAGUCCAAAAGCUGAGUACAAUGAAAUGAAAGUCUACAGUGGAGCUGUUUACAGUGCGAGAUUCCUAUUCAAUGAUCGAUGCAUGGUCAGUGCUGGAGGUACUGAUGCCGCUCUCAUGUUAUGGGAGUUGGUGGACGAUUAGCAUCAGGAAGCGCCGGGGUUGCCACCGCCAGCGGUUGUGGUAGCGCCCCCCACACCAUCACCGCCGCCCCCAGCGCUUUUACCUUACUCCACGUUCCGAGUUCUAGAUUUUGAUGAACUCGACUAAAGAUAUGGGGAUAAUUGUAUCUCGAGAAUUUUUGUGGAACUUUCCUAAAUGGAAAUUGGCUUACGCCUGGAGCAUCAGUUACCUAAAUAACUUUAGAUGCUACCACUUGACGUGACUCCUAGAAGAACCAAGAGAGACAAGACGUUAGAAAAUGGCGAAGGUCUAUUUGCAGCAGCCACUACACUCAGUCUCACCAACUACACAAUAAAACUGUACUUACAAGAAGUUUUAAAUACCAAGUAAGAUAUUGAAGAACUAAUAAAAUGUCAGCAAUAAAAUAUAAAUUAUAUUAAGUAAAUCAAAAUUAAUAUUAAUCAAAUUAUUACCUAAAUUAUUCACUGCCAUUCAUUACUUGCAUAACUUAAAACUAAGUAUGUAGGUGGUUAAGAAUAAAUUAUUAUCGGUUUAUCACAAGAUAUAUUAGAUUUAAUAUUUGUAAAUUGAUUGGGUCAGGUGAAGUGAAUGUUUAAACUAUUCAAAUUCCUUAAAUGAUAUUUACACUAUCACAAAAAUAAAUUAGGUAUAUAAUGGACAUUAAAUGUCAAAUUUGAACACAUAUCAAUUGUUGCUGACAUAUUUUGAUCUUAUAAAACACAUAAAAUUAUUGACGGGGAAUGGGAACGACAUUGGAAUUGAGGAAUUAAAUUUAAUGAAAGAUGCCCAAUGAUUCGAAUAUGACAAAAAAUAUAUCUUCAGUUUAAUCCAAAUUAUAUUAGUGAUUUAAACUUAUUAGCUGACUUCCUAAAAACGACGAUAUAUGUAUAGAUAUUUAUGUACUUUAUAAAAAAGUUUUUACCAUUUUUGGAUUGGGCUAUCAAGUUAAAUGGAAUUGAGAAGAUACCAAGGUAGAUAUUAUUGAUUACCGAAUGAUAUGGGCGAAAAGCACAUUUAGAUGUUAACUUAUCAAUUAAAUUAAGUAGAUGACUUGAGGACUUCCUUUAAUGUGGCAGGCCACGUGGAUUUACUUAUAUUAACAUUUUAUAUGUAAAAACAAUUGUUUAUUCAAUUUAGAAAGUCACAAAACUAAGUGUUCAUAAUUUACAUAGUACCUACCUACACACAGCACAUUAGUACUUAUUAUACAGGAUGUUUAGUGAAGUAUGUUUUGCGAAGUACUAAGUCCCUAGUUUUUUACUUAAGCAUUAUCAAUAUAAAACCAGCUGAUAACUGCACAUCCUGUAUAUUGGGUUUAAUGUUCUAUAGUAAUUAACAGUGAAAAUAUAAGUAAAUAUAUAAUCACAGUAAUAUUAUAUCAUACCUAGUAUCCAAACAUCCCAUAUACAACAAAGGUUGAUAAUCUGUAGUCCGUUGACUAAAAAUCUUGCAAAAGAUUUAUCUAACACUGUACCUUUUACAUUUUGUCACAUUUCUACGUAGAUGUAGUUUUAACGAAUUUAGAAUUUAAAUAAAUCUUAUGUUCACCGCCGAAAUUAAAUAUCAGUUUAAAAUUAUUAUUUUUUG